CAUGAGCGCAGCUGGCAGAUACGUACACCACCUCGCCAUAUGCGACAACAUCAAGAAUACUUUGACAUUUUGUAGGUAGAUAUUUUAUGAAUCAAUUACACAGUAGCCUUGAGUGGUAUUACGAGCUGGCGAGCCAAUAGUUUUGAAAGAAUUCGGGACGAGGGAGCUACUCACCAGUUUUCUUUUUUUACUACGUUAUUAACAUUUGUAAUAGGAAAGUCUUUAUUUUUUUGCGUAGCUACUUUCUUAGUAAACUUGCCUAGGUCGCAGGCUCUAGCUUUACGUUAGAAAACGAUUGCACCGUUUCUCCUACUUGGGCAGCAUCCGUAGUUCUUUCAACGCGAAACCACACUUGUUUUGGUGGCGUGAGUUUGUCCGCAUCUCGUUUCUUUCACAUGUGGGAUAGCAGCUAUAGUGGUCGAGACUAGUCGAGUGCCAACGCCUUUUUCUGUCUCUGACUGGGCGAAACUAAUCGCGAAAGCACCGGAACGUUUUCUAUUUUCCACCUCAACAAUUUAUGAGAGGUAGCUGCCUUUCAAACCAGAUAUUGAAGAAGUAACUAGCUAACUAAGGGAUUCAAAAUGGGUUGCACGAUCAGCCAGGAGGAUAAAGCAGCGAUGGAAAGGAGUAAAAUGAUUGAUCGGAACCUACGAGAAGACCGAGACAAAGCGUCCAGGGAAGUGAAACUACUACUACUUGGUGCUGGGGAGUCUGGGAAAAGUACAAUAGUGAAGCAGAUGAAAAUCAUCCAUGAGGCCGGCUACUCUGAGGAGGAGUGUAAACAGUACAGAGUGGUGGUGUACAGCAACACAAUCCAGUCUAUCAUCGCUGUCAUCAGAGCCAUGGGACACCUGAAGAUAGACUUUGGGGACGCCGCACGAGCGGACGAUGCUCGUCAGCUGUUUGUAUUGGCUGGUACAACGGAGGAGGGUGUGAUCUCAUCAGAUCUAACCGGUGUGAUACGGAAACUGUGGAUGGACAGCGGGGUCCAGACCUGCUUCCUGCGUUCCAGAGAGUACCAGCUCAACGACUCCGCAUCCUAUUAUCUGAAUGACCUGGACCGUAUUGCCCAACAGAGUUAUGUCCCCACCCAGCAAGAUGUGCUGAGGACCAGAGUCAAGACUACUGGCAUCGUGGAGACACACUUUACCUUCAAGGAGCUCUACUUCAAGAUGUUUGACGUGGGCGGCCAGCGUUCUGAGAGGAAGAAGUGGAUCCACUGCUUUGAGGGAGUGACAUCUAUUAUCUUCUGUGUGGCGCUCAGUGACUAUGACCUGGUGCUGGCGGAGGACGAAGAGAUGAACCGGAUGCAUGAGAGCAUGAAGCUGUUUGACUCCAUCUGCAACAACAAGUGGUUCACAGACACCUCCAUCAUCCUCUUCCUCAACAAGAAGGAUCUGUUUGAGGAGAAGAUUGCCAGGAGUCCACUCACCAUCUGUUACCCUGAGUACGCAGGAGCCAGUACAUAUGAGGAAGCAGCAGCCUACAUCCAGUGUCAGUUUGAGGAUCUGAACAGGAGGAAGGACACUAAAGAGAUCUACACCCACUUCACCUGCGCCACCGACACCAAGAACGUUCAGUUCGUGUUCGACGCCGUCACAGAUGUCAUCAUCAAGAUCAACCUCAAGGAGUGUGGACUCUACUGAGGGGGGACCAGGGAUCUUCAGGUGUCUGGUGGACCGUGAGCCUCAUGUAAGGGGGAUGAAGAUAUGAGAUGACUUGGGACAUUUGCAUUAGAUGAUCGUGGAAGUAGAAGAAGAUUAUGGAAAGUAGAACCAACGAUUGAGACUGUUGGUUGCCAUGCUGAAUACUGCAUUCUGGGAUUGUUUCCGUUUUACCACUUUUUAUUUUUCUCCAUGUUCUCAACCCUCUGAUACACUGAGCUCAGGACAGAACUGAACUGUGGGGAAAACCUUAAGCAGUGAAAUAUAGUCACUGUGACUUCUAUGGGAACUGCCAAGUCAGACUACAGAAUACUUCUGUUUUUAGUUCCAGAUAAUUUACACUGAACAAAAAUAUAUAAACACAACAUGUAAAGUGUUGGUCCCAUGUUUCAUGAGCUGAAAUUAAAGAUCCCAGACAUUUUCCAUACGCACGAAAACCUUAUUUCUCUAAAGAAUUUGUGCAGAAUUUUGUUUACAUCCCUGUUAGUGAGCAUUUCUCCUUUGCCAAGAUAAUCCAUCCACCUGACAGGUGUGGCAUAUCAAGAUACUGAUUAAACAGCAUGAUCAUAACACAGGUGCACCUUGUGCUGGGGCAAUAUAAGAUAAGUCUUAAAGGUGCAGUUUUGUCACACAACACAAUGUCACAGAUGACCCAAGUUUUAGGGGACUGUGCAAUUGGCAUGCUGACUGCAGGACUGUCCACUAAAGCGAUUGCCAGAGAAUUUAAUGUUAAUUUCUCGUCUCCAACGUCGUUUUAGAGAAUUUGCCAAUACGUCCAACCGGCCUCACAACCGCAGACCACGUGUGAACCACGUCAGCCCAGGACCUCCACAUCUGGCUUCUUCCCCAUCAGGAUUGUCUGAGACGAGCCAGCCGGACAGCUGAUGCAACUGUGGGUUUGUGCAACCUUGUCAGGGAAGCUCAUCUACUUAGCCUUGACCUGACUGCAGUUCGGCGUUGUAACUGACUUCAAUGGGCAAAUGCUCACCUUCGAUGGCCACUGGCACGCUGAAGAAGUGUGCUCUUCACAGAUGAAUCCUGGUUUCAACUGUACGGGGCAGAUGGCAGACAGCGUGUAUGGCGUCGUGUGGGUGAGAGGUUUGCUGAUGUCAACGUUGUUAACAGAGUGCCCCAUGGUGGUGGUGGGGUUAUGAUAAGGGCAGACAUUAACUACGGACAACGAACACAAUUGCAUUUUAUUGGUGGCAAUUUUAAUACACAGAGAUACCGUGAUGAGAUCCUGAGGCCCAUUGUCGUGCCAUUCAUCCACCGCCAUCACCUCAUGUUUCAGCAUGAUAAUGCACAGCCUCAUGUCGCAAGGAUCUGUACACAAUUUCUGGAAGCUGAACAUUUCCCAGUUAUUCUAUGGCCUGCCUUCACCCAUUUAGAAUGUUUAAGAUGCUCUGGAUCGACGUGUACGACAGCAUGUUCCAGUUCCUGCCAAUACCCAGCAACUUCAUACAGACAUUGAAGAGGAGAGGAACAUCAUUCCACAGGCCACAAUCAACAGCCUGAACAACUCUAUGUGAAGGAGAUGAGGCAUUGUGAACGGAGUGCCCCAUGGCAAAUGGUGGCCACACCAGAUACUGACUGGUUUUCUGAUCCACAGAUGCAUAUCUGUAUUCCCAGUCAUGUGAAAUCCAUAGAUUAGGGCCGAAUUCAUUUAUUUAAAUUGACUGAUUUCCUGAUAUGAACUGUAACUCAGUGAAAAUCUUUGAAAUUGUUGCAUGUUGCGUUUUAUAUUUUUGUUCAGUGUAGAUGAAGUGGAGUGAUAUUUUUAUGGCAUUUUGGUUGAUUUAUUAACCAACAAAUCACACAGAUAGAAAAAAAUCAUCCUUGGCUGUGUCCCAAAUGACACCCAAUCCCCUAUGUAGUGCAAUACCUUCGACCAGAGUAGUAGUGCACUACAUAGGGGAAUAGGGUGUCUUUGGAACAUAUCCCUUCUCUCCAUUCCAGUGCUCCCAUCUAUAGAUUGACACAAUACUGGUAUACACUGAGUGUAUAAAACAUUAAGAACAACUUCCUAAUAUUGAGUUGCAACUCCUUUGCCCUCAGAACAGCCUCAAAUCACUGGGGAAUGGUGUUGAAAGCAUUGUACAGGGAUGCUGGCCCAUGUUGACUCCAAUGCUUUCCAUAGUUGUGUUAAAUUGGCUGAAUGUCCUUUGGGUGGUGGACCAUUCUUGAUGCACACGGGAAACUGUUGAGCGUGAAAAACCUCAGCAGAGUUGCCGUUCUUGACACAAACCUGGCACCUACUUAUAUCUGAGAUAUAAAAAGAUCAGGAAACAUGUACAGUACCAGUCCAAAGUUUGAACACACCUCAUUCAAGGAGUUUUCUUUAUUUUUACUAUUUUCUACAUUGUUGAAUAAUAGUGAAGACAUCAAACUAUGAAAUAACACAUAUGGAAUCAUGUAGUAACCAAAAAAAGUGUUAAACAAAUUAAAAAUAGAUUUUAUAUUCUUCAUGGUAGCCUCCUUGAUGGUAGCCUCCUUGAUGACAGCUUUGCACACUCUUGGCAUUCUCUCAACCAUCUUCACCUGGAAUGCUUUUCCAACAGUCUUGAAGAAGUUUCCACAUAUACUGAGCACUUGUUGACUGCUUUUCCUUCACUCUGCGGUCCAACUCAUUGCAAACAGUUUGGUUGAGGUCAGGGGAUUGUGGAGUCCAGGUCAUCUUAUGCAGCACUCCAUCACUCUCCUUCUUGGUCAUAUAGCCAUUACACAGUCUGAAGGUGUGUUGGGUCAUUGUCCUGUUGAAUAACAAAUGAUAGUCCCACUAAAUGCAAACCAGAUGGGAUAGUGUAUUGCUGCAGAAUGCUGUGGCAGACAUGCUGGUUAAGUGUGCCUUGAAUUCUAAAUAAAUCGCUGACUGUGUCACCAGCAAAGCACCCCCACACCAUCACACCUCCUCCACCAUGCUUCACGGUGGGAACCACACAUCCGGAGAUCAUCCAUUCACCUACUCUGCGUCUCACAAAAACACAGCAGUUGGAACCAAAACUCUCAAAUUUGGACUCCUCAGACCAAAGUACAGAUUUCCACCGGUCUAAUGUCCAUUGCUUGUGUUUCUUGGCCCAAGCAAGUCUCUUCUUAUUAUUGGUGUCCUUUAGUAGUGGUUUCUUUGCAGCAAUUCGACCACGAUGGCCUGAUUCAUGCAGUCUCCUCUGAACAGUUGAUGUUGAGAUGUGUCUGUUACUUGAACUCUGUGAAGCAUUUAUUUGGGCUGCAAUGUGAGGUGCAGUUAACUCUAAUGAACUUUUCCUCUGCAGCAGAUGUAACUCUGGCACCUGAAGAAGCUUGAAAAGUUCUUGACAUUUUCCAUAUUGAUUGACCGGAAAAAAGUCUUAAAGUAAUGAUAGACUGUCGUUUCUAUUCGCUUAUUUGAGCUGUUCUUGCCAUAAUAUGGACUUGGUCUUUUACCAAAUGGGGCUCUUCUGUUUACCACCCCUACGUUGUCACAACACAACUGAUUGGCUCAAACGCAUUAAAGAAAGAAAUUCCACAAAUGACAUUUUAACAAGGCACACCUGUUAAUUGAAAAUCAUUCCAGGUGACCUCAUGAAGCUGGUUGAGAGAAUGCCAAGAGUGUGCAAGCUGUCAUCAAGGCUACUUUGUAGAAUCUCAAAUAUAAAAUAGAUUUUGAUGUAGCACUUUAUUUUGGUUACUACAUGAUUCCAUAUGUGUUAUUUCAUAGUUUUGAUGUCUUCACUGUUAUUCUACAACGUCUCCUGGUCUGACAAACACCGCUCUAGCUUUGUCACCUUUCACCACAGGAAGUGUUACAUCGGCGUUGGAUUAAGAUGCAUCCAAAGCAACAACACAAAACAUCUCUAGCUUAAACUGACAUUUAAAAAAUAUAUAUAUAUUCAUAUUUUAUUAUGGUAAUUCAUUUUCCACGGGGGUGUGGACAUCGACCUUAGGUGGUUAAGUCUUAUUUCUUGCCCAUUCACCCUCUGAAUGGUACACGUACACAAUCCAUGUCUCAAUUAUCUCCAGGCUUAGACAUCCUCCCCUUCAUCUACAAUGAUAACGUUCACCUGGUCAGUCUGGUGGAAAAGAGCAGGUGUUCAUAAUGUUUUGUCUACUCAGUACGCAGACCAAACCACCAAGCUGGACAUCUCAUGUCAAUAUUUCACCUUUGUUUUAUUUGUUUACGGAGUUAAUUAUCUCAUUUAAUUUCCUGUAAAACCAUGUCUUUAUGACAUGUUGUUUGUAUGGACUAGUUCAAACUGUCUUUUUCAUUUGGGAUUUCUUUACAAAAUCAGAUUCCAUCUAUAAGUAGUGUCAAUGCUCUAGAGAUGGGAUCAGGAAUUAAUGUGAUAGAUUUGACGUGGCACCUAACUCUUAACCUUUCAUCACGUUUUACCUAGGUUACCUACUUAUUUGUUAUUUCAUUUUCAAAACUUAAAUUACAAAUGGACCACUUUGUAUUGAACAGUAUUUUUGUAUGUUAGAACUCUUGUUCACUACGGCACAUUAUUGUAUAAUAUUGAUCAUUGAAUAUUGAUUAUUGUCAAGUGAGAUUAAUAGUUUUAUCGCACCACUUUAUAAUACAAUACUUAUUGAUUAUCUGGAUGAAAGACCAUUUUGUAAUUCACAUCUUGAUAUUUUAUAGCCUUUAUAAUUCAUUAAGAGAUGUAUUUUAUUCAAAGUGUAUUGUUAAGAAUGAACGGACCAAUGAACUAGAUCGAGUAUGUAACAACAUUUUUUUUUUUGUACAGAGGGGAAAGCUGUGCUCAGAACCCCACUGCCUUCACUUGUGGAGAUCUAGUUUUUCUUCUCCCGUCUUGUUCUACGGGAGGCAGAAACAAAUGUGAUACUAAGUAAGUCAUUCCACGGAAGGUUAGGUUUAUGGGUGGGGUUACUGUUACAUAAGAAACAUGAUUGGUUGGUUCAGGAACCAAGGAGAACUCCACUGAACAUUUAUUUUGUCCAGAAAACAGUUUGUCAAAUAGCCACUAACUAUCUGGGUUAGAGACUGUCAUGACUUCCUCCUCGGUCAGAACUAUAUCUUACAUUCCACGGUCAUAUUCAUCAGGUACCAAAACGGAAUAAAAUAGACUGAAACAGGAAGGGACUACCCGGAAUUGUCCAAUAAGAAUUGUCAAAAAAAAAAAUCUUCUUUUUUCUCCUGUUGCCAAAUGUUUUUUUUUGCUACGUUUUGAAACGGUGUGCACUAAUCAAUGUGACCCUGUAGAUGGAUCAGAUGAGCUGGUUACAUUAUACUUCUGGUUCAGGUUGACUUUGUUCAGAUGUGUUACUAUUAACUCUAUUAAAUGAUGGCACUUCAA